AUGAUGUCCGUGGCAGGCCCUCCGCACCUCCCGACGCGCUCGCCAGAUGCCGUGGUGCACGCACAUAAGUUAGGCACACCUUUGACCGAGAACCUUGCGCCGGCAAACCCGCUACUCGCCGCUCCGUCCAGUCAGCUGAACAGGGCAGGCAGUCAGUCGCUGGCAGCGCGUGCACCGGUGGACCCCACCCCCAGUGCGGCGCCCGCUUUAGAUGUCGCUACUCUUCUACGACACGCACUCGUCCGCGACUUGAUUCGCGAGAAUGAGGGGAUGUUGAUGGAGCUGGCAGGGCUUCGGGAGACAGAGAAGCACUGGUGUGGAACACAGCUGCGCCUUGUAGCGCUGGAAGAGAGUGCUGCUCGCGCAGAACUCAAGGCAGGGGAGUCGAUUGCGCGUGGGGUGUGGGUCACCCGCGCCCACGCCUUCCUCGCAGCGUACGUGCAGCAGUUGGAGCAGCAACUGACCAAUGAGGCAGCAGAGGCGGCGGAGCUGCGGGGAUUCGCCGAGCUGGCGCAGGCGCAGCUGGCGAGGAGCUCACAGCCCUCGACGCAGGGUGUGACACUAGAGAAAGACAAGUACAGGUCACCACCUACCAAGGCACAGCGAGGCAGCAGAAUAGCUGACGUGGAUACUGACAGUCAGCGCGCCAGCCUCGAAGAGAUCACAAAUGUCCGCGGGUCAGUGAAGCGGCUGCGCAGCGUAGAAAGUAGUGACGGCGGCAGCACUCCCCUUGGCCCACCGCGGCGCACGAGCAGUAGCCAAAAAAGCCCAGGUGCCCUCACAAAAGUGCGCAAAACGAUUCACUGA